AUGGCUGGUGAAGAAAAAGUAAAACGUCGACGAAUAAUGAUAAUUAGUGGAGAUGAAAGUAUUAUCGAUGAAAUAAAGAAUAGUAAAAAUGCUUCAUUAUGUAAAUCACUUAUUCUUGAAACUCAAGAUGAUGAUGAUGACAUAGAACUCACUUAUCCAGAAAUCGAUCGACAAUCAUCUCGUUCGAAAAAAGUCAAAAAAAAUUUAUUAGUUUGUGCUAUAUGUGGAGCACCAGCACUUGGAUAUAAUUUCGAUGCAAUAUCAUGUGAAAGUUGCAAAUCUUUUUUUCGUCGUAAUGCUUUAAAAGAUCCACCGCAGAAAUGUCCUCAACAAGGAUCAUGUGAGAUAACAUUUGAAUCCCGUCGUCAUUGUUCUGCAUGUCGUUUAGUAAAAUGUCUAAAACAUGGAAUGAGACGUGAACGACUUUUAGUGGCUGAACAAAAAGCAGUUAAAAGACAAAAGAAACAAGAUAAUUUCAAUAUGAAUCUAGACACAAAUUUUCUCUAUCCUAAUGAAUUAAUUUCACCAACAAAUUCGGAAAUAUUUUUCUUAUCAAAUUGUCUUCAACAAACAUCACCACAAAUUAAAUCAGGAUUACUUAGUCAAGAAGAUUUACAACGUAUUGAAUAUAUUCAACUUUUAUAUCAAAAACGAAUUGAACUUGCUCGUGAUGGUCUUCCAUGGAAUCCAUCAAUGCAUGCAAUGAGUUUUCUACAAAAAUUAAAUAGUCAUUCCGUUCCACUUAUAAGAUUAUUAACAUUUUUUAAACAAAUACCUGAAUUUAAUCAAUUAAAUGUUGAUGAUAAAGUCACUCUAAUUAAAUAUAAUCUUUUACCACUCUUAUGUAUUAAUUGUACACUUUCAUAUAAAAUUGAAACUGAUCAAAUUAUUGAAACUGAUUCAGAUGUACCAUGGGAUCCCUCUAUCAUACAAGAAGUUUAUGGAUAUGAUGGUUAUUUACAAAUGAGAAAAAUCUUUGAAUCAUUUGUACGUAUUGCACAAUAUGAUCAACGAAUAAUUCAAUUAGCACUGAUAACACUGAUAUUAACUAAAGGUUUUGCACCAGUACACGAAGGUGAACUCGAACCUAUUCUCAAUGAUGGUAUGGCUGUUUAUCGUGCACAAAAUUACUAUACUGAAUUAUUAUGGAAAUAUAUUGAAACAGUACAUGGACUGGAAAAAGCGACAAGUAUAUGGAUUCAACUUGUAACACAUUUUAUAACGUGGCAAACACUUCAUAAAAAACUUCGAGAUAAUGUACAGCAAAAUUUAUUAACAACUGAUAUGAAUGAAUUAUUACCAUUAAUGAAAACAUUAUUUCAUUUUGCGUAA